AUGCGGCGCUCUCCUAUGGCCCCGAUUAUUUUUUCACUGCUCCUGUUGGUGGCCACCGUCGCCUCGUCGGUUUCCGUGGUAACGACAGAGGGCGGCCUGGCAUUGGAGGCGAUCGGGUACCCAAACGAUGUGGUGCGACUGACUGCGAAGCCGGGGGACAAUUGGACAUAUCAGCCCGAUGGCAUCAUCCUGCCCGACGCUGUGGCAUUACAGGCUACCCAGGGAGCUAGCGACGCGCAGUGGAGCAUCCGACAUGGGAAGUGCAUGCUGACGGUUAGCACGCCUCAGCCUCAUGUGCGCUUCGAGUUCUCGUGCCACGGGACCUCACUCGUCGAGGCAACCGCAUUCGCCGACGCGACGGCGGCGCCGGAGGUCAACUUCACAUUUCCCGUUUCACAGACGAUGUACGGCCUGGCCGAACACGCAGCGGACCUGCCGCUGCGAGGGGGAAACGUCUACGAAAUGUACAAUACGGACAGUUUCCAGUACUCGGUGAACAGUACCGAGGCGCUCUAUGGCGCCAUUCCGUUUAUCAUGGCGUACGCGCCGCAGUCCACUUGUGGCGUUCUCUUUCUCAACCCAUCUGAGACCAAUGUGGUCGUCAGCGCCGACAGCGCGGCACCAUCGUGCCAGUGGAAGCCCGAGGUCGGCGCGAUCGACAUCUUUUUCCUACCGGGCCCCACCCCGGCAAAGGUCCAGCAGCAGCACGCGGCUCUCACUGGAGCAACGGUGAUGCCACCCUACUUCAGUCUGGGACUGCACCAGUGCCGUUGGAACUACCUGAACACGAAGGACUGCCUCUCCGUGGACGAGGGCUUCGACACUCAUAACAUGCCGUACGACGUGCUGUGGCUCGACAUUGAGCACACGGACAAGAAGAAGUACUUCACGUGGAACCCCUACACCUUCCCUGACCCCAAAGUACUGACGGACGCCCUGGCCUCCAAGGGUCGAAAGUUGGUCACUGUCAGGGACCCGCACGUGAAGCGUGACACGGAGUACUACGUGCACAACGAGGCUCAGAAGGGUGGCUACUACGUCAAGGACGCCUCUGGUGAAGAAUACGUCGGCAAAUGUUGGCCGGGAAGCAGCUCGUGGCCCGACUUCCUCAACAGACGGACGCGCGACUGGUACUCGCAGUUCUUCCACGAUGACCGCUACCCGGGCGGCAGCCGUGACAUCCACACCUGGGUGGACAUGAACGAGCCGUCAAUCUUCGGUGGCCAGAGGGGCACCAUGCCAAAGACGGCGGUGCACAGCCUGGACAAUGGUCAGACUGUCGAGCAUCGCUUUGUGCAUAACGCAUACGGCUUCUACUCGAUUCAGGCCGUCCACAAAGGAAUGCUCGAGGCCGGCGGCCCCAAUGCGGCGCCCGAGCGUCCUUUCAUCCUUACGCGAAGCUUCUUUCCCGGGUCGCAGCGGUAUGCAGCAAUGUGGACGGGUGACAACAUGGCCCGCUGGGACCACCUGGAGAACAGCAUUCCAGAGCUGCUCUCCUUGUCCAUCUCAAACUACCCCUUCUGCGGCUGCGACAUUGGCGGCUUUUUCUUCGACCCCGAGGAGGAGCUGUUUGUGCGGUGGAUGCAGGCCGGUAUCUUUGUGCCGUUUUACCGCGCCCACUCCCACCUCGACACAAAGCGCCGCGAGCCGUGGAUGUUCUCGCUUGAGGCCCAGUCCCUUGUUCGAAGUGCUUUGGCGCUGCGGUAUGCCAUGUUGCCGUACCUCUACACUACUUUCUACCACGCGCACACCGAAGGCAACACCAUCAUGCGCCCUCUCUUCUACGAGUUCCCUGGGCAGUCGGAGUUGCGCGAGGUGCAGAACACUUACCUCUUCGGCCCCUCCAUUCUAGUGCAGCCAGUAGUGAAGCCGAGCGUGACGGAGGUGACGGUGCCGCUGCCCAAGGAAGCGCUGUGGUACAACUACUUCUCGGGCGAGCUGGCAGUCGGACAGCAUACAAUGCCAGUGGAAAACGAUACGAUACCGAUGUUCCUGCGUGGUGGUCACAUUCUCCCAAUGAAGUUGCGGCUUCGUCGCAGCAGCUUUGCAGCGCGCCUGGACCCUUUCACGCUUUUCGUGGCCCUCAACGCGCAGGGCAACAGUUACGGAGACCUCUACAUUGACGAUGGUACCACCUACGAUUACGAAAAGGGUGCCUUUGUUCACCGCGCGUUCUCCUACUCGAAUCAGGUGCUCCAGAACAGCGCCUACCCAGACUUCCCGGGGAGCGCAGGGCUUUACGACGCCGUUAACACCGUCGAGCGUGUUGUGAUCUACGGCUACGUGGGCAAGGUCAGCAAGGUGAUCUUGAGCACGCGCGUGGACGAGACGGAGGUGGCGACGCCGCUCGAGUUCGAGCAGCUGGGACAGAACGUGGUUGUGCGUAAGCCCAACAUCCUCGUCGCCGCCGACUGGAUCAUCUCGUUUGAGAAUGAAUAA